GGCUCCUGCUUCCUUCGCUGUGAACAUCUGAGGAACUUUGAGUUUCCACCUCAUGAAGUUGUUCGGAUGUGGGUGGGUUUUCCUGGACGAGUCCUGUUCCAGGCAGAGGUCAGGAAUAAGUCGCGCGUGACCUUGACUGUGUUUAUGCUUUCACCCGGGAUGAUAAUCCGGACGCAGGACUGAAAAUUCACAUCUGGAAUCCAGCUGUCAUCCUUCCUCUCUCUGUCUCUCUCUGCACCUGCUCCCUCUCCCCCCACCUCUGGACCCUCAUCCUCCUCAAUGCCGAAGAACAGCAAGGUGACGCAGAGCGAGCAGAGCCACGAGCCGGUCACCGAGUCCGUGGCCGACCUGCUCGCUAACGAGGAGCCGCUAGACUACAAGAGCAGCUCCCUGAAUGUGGGGGCCGCCGCCGCCGCCGCCGCUGCUGGGAAAAAGGUCCCGCAGAUCCAGGCGCCAGAGAAUGAUGGCAGGCCCGCCUGGAACAGCAAGCUGCAGUAUAUCCUGGCCCAGGUGGGCUUCUCCGUGGGCCUGGGAAACGUGUGGCGCUUCCCUUACCUGUGCCAGAAGAAUGGAGGAGGUGCUUAUUUGGUUCCUUACUUCAUCCUCCUCCUCAUCAUCGGCAUCCCGCUCUUCUUCUUGGAGCUGGCUGUGGGUCAGAAGAUCCGACGCGGGAGCAUCGGUGUGUGGAACUACGUCUGCCCUCGCCUGGGCGGGAUAGGCAUGUCGAGUCUGAUGGUGUGCGGUUUCGUGGGGCUCUACUAUAACGUCAUCAUCGGGUGGAGCAUCUUCUACUUCUUCCAGUCCUUCCAGUAUCCUCUACCGUGGAGCGAGUGUCCAAUCAGAAGAAACGGGACAAAUGCCAUUGUGGAGCCAGAGUGUGAGAAAAGCUCGGCCACGACCUACUUCUGGUACCGGCAGACACUGAACACGACCAGCACCAUCGCAGAGAGCGGCGGUCUCAACGUCAAAAUGACCCUGUCGCUGCUGGUGGCCUGGAUCAUCGUCUGCCUCGCCGUCAUCAAAGGAAUCGCCUCGUCUGGGAAGGUGAUGUACUUCAGCUCUCUUUUUCCCUACGUGGUGCUCUUCUGUUUCAUGGUCAGAGGGUUAAUGCUGAAGGGAUCAGUGGAUGGGAUCGCUCAUAUGUUCACUCCAAAGCUAGAGAAGAUGUUGGAGCCCCAGGUUUGGAGGGAAGCAGCCACCCAGGUCUUCUUCGCCCURGGUCUGGGUUUCGGAGGGGUCAUCGCCUUCUCCAGCUACAAUAAGAUAGACAACAACUGUCACUUUGACGCCGUGCUYGUCUCUUUCAUCAACUUCUUCACCUCCAUCUUAGCUACGCUGGUGGUGUUUGCUGUGCUGGGCUUCAAGGCGAACAUCAUGAAUGAAAAGUGUGUCUCAGAAAAUGGAGAAAAGAUCCUGGGGUAUCUCAACUCUAACGUCCUGAGCCACGACCUCAUCCCUCCGCACGUUAACUUGUCCCAUCUCACCACGUCGGACUACGCUGAGGUGUACAGCGUCAUCAAGACCGUAAAGGAAGAUGGCUUCGCCCAGUUGGGUCUAGAGCCUUGUAUCCUGGAGGAUGAGCUCAACAAGGCUGUCCAGGGCACUGGUCUGGCCUUCAUCGCCUUUACAGAGGCCAUGACCCAUUUCCCAGCAUCCCCUUUCUGGUCAGUGAUGUUCUUCUUCAUGCUUAUCAACCUGGGUUUGGGCAGCAUGAUCGGCACCAUGACCGGCAUCACCACGCCUGUCCUGGACGCUUACAAGGUCCAGAAGGAGCUUUUCACAGUGUGUUGCUGCAUCGUGGCUUUCCUGUGUGGCCUGCUGUUCGUUCAGCGGUCAGGAAAUUAUUUUGUCACCAUGUUUGAUGAUUACUCGGCCGGUCUGCCUCUCACUGUGGUGGUCAUCCUGGAAAAUCUGUCUGUCGCUUGGAUUUAUGGGACUAAAAGGUGAGACCCGCCCUUUGUUAGUGUGUUUGUUGAGG